CGCCAAAUACCACCGCCGGAGUAAUAUUGUCCGUCACAGUCAAUGAAAUAAGAAUGCACCGCCUUCACAACCUCAAGAACGAUAGCAACCUACCGUGGCCCGGAUAGAUCAGCCGAGGUCCUCCCGACCGCCUGAUCAGCACCUUAUAACCACUGUCGCUUCAGCUCUUCACCAGUAAUUGCAAGCAGCGAUCAGACUACUAACUACUCAACAUGUCCCAACCCGUUCACAUAGCAGUAAUUGGCGCCGCAGGCCUCAUCGGCCUCCGCCACGUCUCCCACAUCCUCUCCGAACCCAGCACCCACCUCACCGCAAUCCUCGAUCCAACACCCGCCGGCCAGACUCUCGCCUCUACGCACUCCAUCCCAAAUUCUCCAACCCUCGACGCCUUACUCGACGCGAUGAAGACUGGAGAGGUCAGGGUUGAUGCAGCGAUUGUGGCUACGCCAAAUCAUACGCAUGUGGAGAUUGGGAUGGCACUGGUUGAAGCGGGCAUUACGGUCUUGGUCGAGAAACCGAUCAGUACAGACACAGAGUCGGCAAGGAAGUUGGUCGAGGCCUCGAAGAAGAAUGGAAGCGGGAAGUUGUUAGUCGGGCACCAUCGCCGGUUCAACCCCUACCUCCGUGCCGCAAAGAAAUGCAUGACCUCCAAUUCCCUCGGCCGGAUCAUCGCAGUCCAGGGAACGUGGGCACUGCUGAAGGAUGUGGAGUACUUCAAGCUCGGGGCGUGGAGAACGAAGAAAGGGCAGGGAGGACCGGUGUUGAUCAAUAUGAUCCACGAGGUCGAUAAUCUGCUCUAUUUGUUUGGGGAUAUCACACGGGUUUAUGUGGAGAAGGGUGAAAAUACGAGAGACCAUGAGUGCGAGGAGACGGCGGCGAUGACAUUGAAAUUCAAGAGUGGAGCAGUUGGGACUUUUCUGUUGUCGGAUGCUGUUGCGUCGCCAUACAACUGGGAAUCGGCGACGGGUGAGAACCCAGCAAUUCCAGCCCAACACCAGUGCGUCUACACCAUCAUGGGCACAGAAGGCUCCAUCUCCCUUCCGGAACUUAAACGGUGGUAUUACACGGGCGGAUCCUGGACGACUCCUUUCUUGUCGGAUAUGAGUUUACGAGAGGAAGUGGAUGAUGUGCCGCCGUUUACGCUGCAAUUGAGGAAUCUGGUGGGGGUGCAUAGGGGCGAGGAAGAGCCCAUGUGCAGUGGAGAUGAGGGGUAUAAGGAUCUUGUGGUGAUUGAGGCUAUUGUGGAGAGUAUGGAGACGGGGAAGCCUGUGGACAUUAUUGCGUAGAGUCCGUUCAUAUUGAUGAUAUGUACUGGUGGAAUG